AUGCCAUUAGCUUUGAGAAGAUUGUUUGCAACUAUAUUGGUAUUCUGUGAUCCAACUGGAGUACGAGAUUUGUGGAAUGAGUUCUACCUGCAUAUGGUUGACGAUUAUCCAUCAUCAUCUAUCACAACGGAUGUAGUUCGUACAAAUAGGCUUCUAAAUGAUUUAAAACUAUUACUAUUGCAACAUGGUAGACGUAUCACAGAAUUUGAUUUGCCGACAAUAACUGCAACAUCUGAUGAAAGUUCAUCCAUGCCUAGAAUCAUACAAGAUGAGCUUACCAUUCCUAUGGAUGAUGAAGAAUUGACAUUAGUGGACAAGUUGAAUAACGAUCAAAAAUUUGCUUAUAACACAAUAAUGGAAGUCAUUCAACGUAAACAAACAAUGGCAUUCUUUGUGGAUGGUCCAGGAGGAACUGGAAAAAUGUUUUUGUAUCGCGCAUUACUAGCAUCUUUAAGAAGUGAUGGUCAUAUCGCAAUUGCCACAGCAACAUCUGGUAUUGCAGCAACAUUACUACCUGGUGGAAGAACAGCACAUUCAAGAUUUAAAAUACCUUUAAUUCCUGAAGCGUCAUCAACUUGCUCUAUAAGUAAACAAUCUGAUUUGGCUGAACUCAUUAGACGGGCGGUAGUGCUUAUUUGGGAUGAAGCUCCUAUGGUGAAUCGACGUGCACUUGAAGCAUUAGAUAGAACAUUGCAGGAUCUUAUGGAAAUUAAUUCACCUUUUGGUGGAAAGGUGCUAAUACUGGGAGGAGAUUUUCGUCAAGUACUUCCUGUUAUUCCCAAAGGCACAAAGGCAGAGUUGUUAGAUGCAUGUAUAGUCAACUCCCCAUUAUGGAGAUAUAUCAAGAUCUUACAUUUAACUCAAAACAUGAGAUCUAUUAACGAUCAACAGUUUUCAGAGUACAUAAGACGCAUUGGUGAUGGAAUUGAACCAUUUGCAACAGACGAUCUGAUUAAAGUUCCGUCUUCCAUGGCAAUACCAUGGGAGGGUGAUCAUUCAAUUGCUCAACUAAUUGAACAAGUUUUUCCAGAUUUGCAAAAUCAUGCCUACAAUGCAAGAUACAUGGUUGAUAGGGCAUUGUUAACACCAAUUAAUGAGGAUGUGGAUAAACUUAAUGAGAAGAUAAUCACACAAUUUCCAGGAGAAGAACAAAAGUUGUAUUCGUUUGAUGAAGUUGAAGAUGAUACACAACAUUUAUAUCAACAAGAUUUCUUAAAUUCUAUAUCUCCAGGAGGUUUACCACCACAUAUCCUAAGGCUGAAAAAAGGUGCUCCAAUAAUGCUAUUGCGAAAUAUAGAUCCAAAAGUGGGGUUAUGUAACGGUACAAGAUUACUAUGCCGUGGGUGUUUUAAUAAUGUAAUUGAUGCAGAAAUUUUGACUGGACAAUAUGCUGGAACACGUGUGUUUCUACCAAGAAUCCCUUUGAAAACUACAGAAAAUGUGCAUCUCCCAUUUGUGAUGAUAAGGCGUCAAUUUCCAAUACGCUUGAGUUUUGCACUUACAAUUAACAAAGCACAAGGUCAAACAAUUCCCAACGUUGGCAUAUAUCUUCCUGAUCAUGUUUUUAGCCAUGGUCAAUUGUAUGUGGCCCUG